UGCUCAGCCACUCAACUCUCAAGAGUUUUGUUUGGGUUUUUUUUUUUUUUAAUUUACGGCUGUUUGAUUUUGUGGCUCCUUAAUCUCUUGGAUAUUUAUGCUGAAUAAAUGAGAUAAGAGUGGAACUUUAGAAGGAAGAAAUGAUGACUACUCCUGAUUUCACAAAUGUCAUUGAGUAGCACAAGGCUCCGGCUGGUGGCUGUUACUCUGAUCAUCCUAACGGCAUUCUAUGUCAUACAUUUCUCUAACUUUCAUGGAAAUCUGUUCAAGUUUUCCAGCACAACAAAACUAAGGUCAUUUUCUCCUAGCAACUUUUCAUUGGGUCAUCAAUGUAUCUGCCCUAAAGGCUCAGAACUUCUUAAAGAUUAUAUACCCGAGGAUCAAUACGAAGAGCUUGUUAAACGGCGAGUUAAGGAGCUCCAACAGUACAAAACCAGGAUGGCGUCUGAACUAUCCAGACUGCUGUUUGCUUCGCCUAACUCUCCUCUGCAGUAUCCUAUUCAAGGUUAUAUAGUACGGCCUUUGACCUCUACUCUCAUACCAGGUUUAGGGCUGCAUGCAGAAAACAGAAGCAGCUACAAGGUAUCUUUAAGUGUGUCUAAAGGCAUCCUGACCACAAAUAUUACACCUGAACAGACGAUCAUCAAAAGAUCUGGCAAGAACAAACUGAUUAUCGAGUCUCGCAGCCUGGUGACCCUCAACAACUUGCUAGCCAAAGUGUCCUAUACCAGCACUGACUACCACAUAAACACUGGAGACCUUGCCACUUUCCAGUUUGAAAUGCAUGAAGCUGUGUUUCCAAUUGCCAUCAAACAGCCUCGUGUACCAGUCCUGUAUGACAUGGGAACAGAUAUCAGCUCUCAAGUCACCAUCACAACAAAAACUUUCCAGCGCUAUAAACACUUAAGGGUGUUGCUGGACAGCAUCCGGCAAUUCUAUAGCAACAUAAAAAUCAUUGUUGCCGAUGACAGCUUAGAAACGGAGCACAUUACUGGAGAAAACAUUCAACAUUACAUUAUGCCUCCAGCACAGGGCUGGUUUGCAGGCAGAAAUCUGGCUGUUUCCCAGGUAACCACCAAGUACUUCCUGUGGGUGGAUGAUGACUUUGUGCUUACAGAGAAGACGAAGAUAGAGAACCUUGUGGAGGUGAUGGAAGCGAUGCCUGAACUUGACGUGGUUGGUGGGUCGGUGAAAGGGAAUCAGUUUUACUUUGCUCUCAUCUAUGAGGAAGGAGAAGAAAUUGAAGGUGGCUGCCUAUACAGGAAAUCUGGAGGGAAAUUUCAAUCACUUCCUGGUUACCCACAAUGUUCUAUGACCAGUGGAGUUGUCAACUUCUUCCUGGCUCGCACAGAUGCCGUGCAGAGGGUGGGCUUUGACCCUAAGCUCCAGCGUACAGCACAUUCAGAGUUCUUUAUGGAUGGUCUGGGCACUUUGCUAGUUGCCACAUGUGGUGAUGUGUCCAUUGACCAUCAACUCACAACAUCAGAAAAUAAGAGUCCUUUGUACAACAAAUUUAGAUACCCUGGACAAGGUGAUGUUGAGUUCAAACUGAAGCUUCACUUUUACAAAAAUCAUCUUAAAUGCAUUAAAUAUGGAUAGAGUACCAAAAAAAUGAGUGUCACUGGUUUUAGAACAUUUUAUGUUCCCUUUGUUUUGGAUGUUGUUGCCACAAUUAAAGAGAAUUAAAAACAAUGAUACUCUGGUACUUACAGCUUUCUUUCACCAUGUAUGACAAUUUGUAAUUCUGUCAUUUCGUUUAAGUGGUUAAUUUGGAUAACUAUGUGAAAAUUGUAAUGUCACUUCCAUUGUGUUAACAAUUUUUUCAAAAUUUUUAACACUGGUAUUUUAUUUAUUGCUUUUAUUUAAAAUUUUGUUGUUUUAUUGUCUGUGAAAAUGUAAGUAACUGAACUCAGGGAGUACUGUUCGAUGAAAGGGUGUCCAUCGGGGCUCUCAAACUCGAGGCAGGGGGCCACUUCCUGCCCACUUCACCCCUACUUGUGGCCCAUAUAUUGACGUGAAGAGUUAUAAUGCAAUUUUUUUUCUUUUGCUUGGAGGAUUUGUUUGUUGUUGAGUUCAAUGUUAAAAUCUUUAAAAAAAACUAAUAAUUAUUUAGUAUGAAGGCAAUAUGAGCAGAAAGUACAAACAUGUUGAGGGAUUGGCUGUGUUAGUUCAGUGAGAGUGUUAUGUGUAAAGAAAACCAUUUUCACUAGCAGUCAAAAACUAUGUGUACACUUAUGUCUGCGUUUUUAUUUUCUUAAAUACAAAUACAAUUAUAGCAGAAGUGCUGCCAUGUGUCUGGCCAGAAAGAGAUUACAAAUUUGUUUAUUUGGUACUUCAGUGAAAGGCUUCAGUUAGUUAAGAGUGAGACGAAAAAAAACUGCGUUAAAGUCCUCUCUUUGUCUCUUCAGUAUAAGCUUGGAAACAAGGGCCAUUCAAGCAUUUCCUGGAAAUCAUGUUGUUCCAGUUUAUGAUCUGUUUGAUGGGAAAACGCAUACGUGUGUGUGUGUGUGUGUGUGUAUAUAUUGUUUGCCCCCUUCUUAAAAACUUAAUUGAUAAAGAACAAUUAAUUUGCAAAAUAAUUUUGAACUUACUCACAUAAUAAUAAUGGUUUAAAAAAAAAAAAAGAGAAAAUGACUAUUUAUAUUAAAACUCCAGUAGUGCAAAGAAACAAUCUUUUUUUCUACUCGGACAUCGCCUGGAUCAAAAAGGUUCACUUCAGGUGUACAGGAACAAGAAGGUAUCAGUGGGCAAGCGACGAAAAUAGGAUGGUGUUAGAAUGUUGGAGCCAGGACUGCACUCCAUGGCAGCACAAAUGAACAAGCUGCUAGUCAACGAGAGACAUCCAGAGUGGUUAAUCUAAGGCUGGACAGUCCUAAACCUCAGAAUGGAGCAGCUGUCAGCCACCUCCUGUAGAUGGAUGAUAUUAAGCUGUAUGCCAAGCGUGAACGGGACAUCGAUUCACUGAUCCAAACCACUAGGAUAUACAGUAAUGACAUCUGAAUUUUGUUCGGACUGGAGAAAUGUAGUCGAAUGAUAACAAAAAGAGGGAAGGGGAAGGUAAUCAGAACUGAGGGGAUCGAACUACCAGAAGGCAACAUUGCAGACAUAGAGAACAGCUACAAGUACUUGGGGAUCCCACGUACCAUGAAGAGGCCAGGAAAACUGCAACCACCAAGUACCUGCAGAGGGUCAGGCAAGUCUUGAGGAGUCAGCUGAACGGUAAGAACAAGAUCUGUGCUAUCAAC